CAACGACUUCUUCCAUGAAAAAGUGAGACAGUCGAGAAAUUAUUAUUGACGACGUCGCCACCCCACCUUCGCCCCUCAACCACCGCCAACCACCGCCAACCACAACCCACACAUACGCUCUCUCUCUCUCCAGAGAAAUAAGCGCUUCGCUAUAUUGAACACGCGACUCCGCCUCUCUCUCUGGUUCGCGACUUCGCCCUCUCUCUCGUUUGCGACUCCACCUCUUCUUCGUUCAACAUCGACUCCUCUUCUUCGAAUCUUGACCCAGAUGGAGGGCCGUUUUGCUGAUGAGCUCUACUCUGAAAGUUUACAGCUAUCAAAACUACAAUUGGAUCCUACAUCCAAUGCGAACAGUGAACAAAGUAAUUUACGUGACCUUGAUAGGGUUGAGUUGUGUCAUGGAGAUGGUUCUUGUGAUGGUUUUUCUGAUGAAUUAGAUGACACAUCUGAGGUGAUGGGGGAAUGGAUGAAGAUAGAGGAGAAAACAAGAUAUAAUCAACACCAUACGGUGGGUUACCGUGAGGGUGUUAUAGCAGGAAAAGAAGCUUCUUCGCAAGAGGGAUUCAAUAUCGGCUUUAAGCAAUCGGUCCUUGUUGGGUACAACUGGGGUCUUGUCAGAGGUGUUACGAGUGCUUUGGCUAACCUUCCAGAUGGUUUAAGGGAGAAGUUGAUUGGAACAGAAGACCAAAUAACUGGAUUGCAGGGAUUGUAUGAAUCUGUGCAUUCUCUUUCAACAACAGACGCCCUUAGAUUAUUUAAUGAUGAAAUCAUGGACAAAAAAGCUAGAGAACAGAGUGAGAAUGCUGACACCAGUUCCCUUGAAGCUGGUUUACCAGAGCAAAUACCAGACCGUAGUGGUCUAAGAAAUCACUAUGCAGAACUACGUUCACUUUUGUUUGAAUCUCCUGCAAUUAAAGUACAUCUAGAUAGAUAGGAAAUUAGUGUUCUAAUAUUUAUUUGAUAUUUGUAAUUAAAAGUCUGAAAAUUUUUGCUCCGCCACAAGCUGCUGGUCGUAUUCUGUCAUAGGAAUUAUACA